AUGUUGUCAUUAUUCAAUCAUGGAAUUGAUCGUAUCAAUAUUUUAUUAAUUUGUCUUAUACCAAUUAUGAUCAUCAUUUCUAUUGCAUUUAGGACCAAUGUUGAACAAAUAUCUGAAAAUGAUCUUAAAUCUGAUUAUAAUCUUAAAUCUGAUCCAAAACUGAAUGGAUUACGAAAAUAUUGUAAUUUUUUGGACGAUAUUCAAAUUGGUGAUGAAAAUUCAUUCAAUUAUUGUGGUUAUGAUCUGGAAUUGGAAAAAAUAAUAUUAUUAAUUAGACAUGGUGAUCGUGGACCACUUAAAGAUGUAAGAAAUUUGAACAAUAUUCCCUGUAAUCAUACCCAUUUGGAUGAAAUAAAUCGAAUCAAUGAUGAACAAACAAUGGCAAUAUCAACACUGUUAUCGAAAUUCAUUGCCAAAUCUAGUGUUUAUGAUAGUAAAUUUCUUGGUUCCAUUCCCAUGUCUGAUGGUUGUAUGCCUGGUUUAUUGACAAAAUUUGGUCUUUCACAACAUAUCAAAUUAGGUUUAUUAAUGAAUCAUGUAUAUAGACCAAAAUUGAAUAUGAAUCCAGACGAUUCAUUCAUUGCCAAACAGAUUCGUAUCAACACAACACCAUAUCCACGAACCGUACAAUCGGCUAUGGCUUUUUUACAUGGUUUUCUCAGCGAAAAAAAUGAUGCCCUCAACGUUUUUGAUUUAAUGUCGAUGAAUUUUCAUCAAUUUUCCAAUGUUUAUUUUUGUGAUUAUCAUGAUACUCAGAAAUAUUGUUUUCGUAAUUGCACAGAAAUGGAUGAAUUAUUGAAAAAAAUCUACAAAACUUUUAGCUAUGAUCAUGACAAAGAUUUUGCACAGAUGAUUAAACAAGUGGAACAAAUUAUCGUGCCAACAAAUGUAGCUGAUCCGAUUGGAAGCUAUAAACGUUCGAUUGUAUCCAUUUUCGAUACGCUUAAUUCAUUUAUUUGUCAUCAACAACGAUUACCUUGUCAUCAACAAAAUGAUGAUGAUGAUGAUGAUUACAAUAAAUGUAUUGCAAUCAAUGAUGUUGAACUAAUCUUCACAUUCAUCAGUGGUUUAGGCCAUAAAUUAAUGCAUUCGGAAGAUAAUCAUCGUGUUAGUUGGAUGCAAUCUUAUGGUCUACUAUUGAAUAUUAUCGAUCAAAUCAAAUCGAAUGAAAAAUUAACAAUAUUUUCCGGACAUGAUUUAACCAUUCAUUCAUUAGCUACAGUAAUUGGUUUUGUUGAACAUAACAUUCCACCGUAUGCAUCACGUGUUAUAUUUGAAAUUUAUUCACGGAAAUCAUCAUCAUCAACAACAACAACAACAACAAUAAACAAUGAAAAACUUAUUCGUAUAGUAUACAAUGGUAAUGAUGUGACCGAAACAUUUCCAUUAUGUAAUUCAAUUUAUAAUGAUGCUGCUUCUGCUGCUGCUGAUGCUGAACAUUGUAUUCGAUUCGAUGAUGAUGAUCAUACAAUUUUGAUCAAAUUAACUAGUCUUGAAAAUUUUAUACAUACUAAAUUUGUUGAACAUUAUUUGUUUGAAAAUUGUUGAAUUUUUUUUUGUUGUUGUUGUUGUAAUAAUCAAAUUAUUAUUACCAAUUGAAAAAUAAUGGGCAGCUGAAAUUCAGU